AUGGCUGCUCAAGUAAUCUCCAAUUCCGGACACGAUGAGAUGAUUCACGAUGCCGGCCUGGACUACUACGGCCGCAGAUUGGCAACAUGUUCAUCGGACAAGACGAUAAAGAUAUUUGAAAUUGAAGGAGAGACACAUCGGUUGAUUGAAACAUUGAAGGGACAUGAAGGAGCUGUGUGGUGUGUGGCUUGGGCACACCCUAAAUUCGGAACUAUCCUCGCUUCCUCUUCGUACGAUGGAAAGGUGCUCAUCUGGCGCGAACAACACCAGAACGCCACGUCACCCGUCGCUGGCGGCGCUUGGACGAAGGUGUUCGACUUCUCUCUACACACCGCUUCAGUGAACAUGGUAUCCUGGGCUCCGCAUGAGAGUGGCUGUCUCCUGGCUUGCGCCUCCUCAGACGGACAUGUUAGCGUUCUCGAAUUCCGUGACAACAGCUGGACUCACCAGAUUUUCCACGCCCACGGUAUGGGUGUGAACUCUAUCAGCUGGGCACCUGCCGCCGCCCCUGGCAGCUUGAUCAGCUCCAACCCUGGACCGGGCCAGCAGCGGAGGUUCGUCACUGGUGGAAGCGACAACCUGCUUAAGAUCUGGGACUACAACCCGGAAACCAAGACCUACAACAACACGCAGACUCUGGAAGGCCACUCCGACUGGGUCCGGGAUGUCGCUUGGUCGCCUAGCGUUCUUUCCAAGUCCUACAUCGCCUCUGCCUCUCAAGACAAGACAGUCCGGAUCUGGACUUCCGAUGCGUCAAACCCUGGCCAGUGGACCAGCCAGCAACUCGAGUUCGACACUGUCCUCUGGCGCGUCAGCUGGAGCCCUAGUGGAAACAUCCUUGCUGUGAGCGGUGGCGAUAACAAGGUCAGCUUGUGGAAGGAAAACCUCAAGGGACAAUGGGAGAAGGUAAAGGAUAUCGAGGAGUAG